UUCUUUGCACUUUAUUUGCAUACGUGUGCUGCUUUUUCCUCUUUAUGUGCACCAAAUUAGAAUUGUGUGUCUGUUUUUAGCUCAGGUUGAUAAAGCGAUAAGACACAUUAAAGCAGGCUUGCUGUGGCAGGUGCUCAGUUUGGAUCUUCUCGGCGAAAGCGCAGUGUUUGCCCAGAGAAGAUGACCUCUUAAUGAGGUGUUUGCUCACUAUACUGUGGUUGAUUUUUGAACGGAGCGGACCUCAUGACCACAACAAUGUCUACCAGUAAAUCGGCAGACAGAAGAGCUAUUCUGCAGGCCUCCAGGAGUAGAUGGAAGAUGGACAAAUGUGAGAUUGUUCCGAUUAUCCAUUCUGACGCAAGGAAGUGUGAUGAAGACAACGUGGAGCGCUGGCUCACAACCAUCUCAGAGGACGAUACGAAACCAGAGGUUGUCCUGGAGACAGCAGUGAAGCCUAUAAGGAGGAAUGAGAGUGGAGAAGAUGAUCUGGCAUUGGGAGUGGAAGCAUCUUUAUAUGGCAAACGCGCUCUCAGAACUGUACAAGCCAUUUUGAGGUCAUCUCUAGAUACUCCUGCUCUGUCCAGGUGGAACAGUUUUGCAUCGUCUGUCUCGAUACCAUCUGACGUCAGUGUAAUGGACGUGUUGAACAUACUACAGGAUGACCCUGAAGAACUGUUGCUAGAUUUGGGUUUUGGCACUGAGGAGCCCGACAUCACAGGGAGAAUCCCGACCCGAUUCCUCAAUUACCAGUCCAGCGCUCGUGGCAUCAGCUAUCAGCUCUUUCUGGAAGCUCAGCAGAACCGAAUGGAUGUCGAAAAUCCGGAUGUCAGGAAUAGGUUCCGGCAGCUCGAGGUUCUUCAGCAGGUCACCACAACGUUCACCUCUCUGGUUGGUGCCACUUCUCAGGAUGCGGACACAUCUACAGCUUCCCAGAUGUCUGCAGAGGCACGGGAGAGGAGAAAACGUAUGGCCAUGAUUCUGCGUAGAGCCUCCAAAAAGAGCCUCAGCCAAGCUGAAACGUCACAGAACCAGCACACGCUCCCUUCCAUGACCUCCUCAGCCCCAUCCGGCCCAGAAUCCACUGGCACACCAAAAGCAGAUAAAAGGAUCCCUUCAAAACGCACAAGGAUGUCGGACAACAGCAAUCUCUUCCCUCUAGAAGAGGAGCAGAGUGUUAAUUCAGAGGCCGAGCCGGUUCUAAACAGCUCCACGGCAAGAGGAACGUCAGACCUUCUGAAACUCGACUUUGUCCCGCCUUCAACUGAGGGAAGUCUGCAACGACCUGUUGAAUCUUUCGAGCUGGAAGAGAUCCACAGUUUUGAUGAAGGAAGCGUUCCUGGGAGCUGCAAUGGCCCAAUGGAUCCUGGAGGUGAACGAGUUGGGUCUUACGUGAUGAGAACAAACAGUUGUCAGUCUGACAGCAGUGGCUUCCUAGAGGAGCCCUUCAUACCUGCGCUGUCCCAGCAGAACAACCCUGGACCUGAGCUCAUGAAAAUGCUGAAUGCAAUAUCACAAGAUAGCACAGAAGGUCAACAGAAGAGAUCAGAACAGCGAGAGACGGAGGAUCCCCCCACGUGUGAACAGAACUGUGAAAUGCAGUUGAACCAAAAACAAUCACCUACGACACACUCUGGAAAAACUGUUUUGGAAACUGCAGACUCUGGAAAUAUAUUUGACUCAGAAGAAUUGAGGAGAAUAAUGACUGAAAAAGAAUACUCUUUGUCAUCAGAUAUUAGUAAAGUUAGCAAUAAUGGUGUUUACACUCUAGCGUACUUUGUUCAAAUGGAUCCUGUUGGUUAUCAGACUGAAAUUCAUGACAGACCCCAAGGAUCAGAAAGUCCAGGCCGACGUGUUUAUAAAGAAGGCAUGUCCCUGUUUGAGGAACUGAAAUCUGCUGAGACAAACUCAGGCUUGUGGCCUACUGAUCUGAGGACAGAUGUUAUGGAAAAUGAGGUGGACAGCUUUACGAAUCAUCUCGAAGUAGGCGAGCGAGAUCCGGCAUUGGAUCUGAUGAAGGAAUCUCCGGGAAAAACCGUGACCUCUGAUGCUGCCGUUGGACGCAGUUCCCCCACUGCGCUCGAACGUAGGAGAGAAUCUUUCUCCAAGAGGUCUGACGUGAUCACGGAUAAUGACUCGGGAACGGCACAGACACCCACCACACACACGCCGUUCACAUCUGUGGACACAUCUCCCCCUCACUUGUGGAACUCUGUGGAAUGUUCUGGCGAUCUUGGAAGUUUCUGUACGCGGUCAAUAUCUCUGGACACGGGACUGUCGUACGAGGAGGAGGAUCACAAAUUGCAGGGCGCAUUGUGGGCAGGGGCGCAGCGAUGUUUCCACUGUGGGUCUCAAAUCAACUAUGACAGCUGGGCAAAACCUCAACCUGAGCUGUCCUCCAGUCUGCCUUACUCCCUGGAUGAGCUUGAAGACAUGGUGAAAUGUUUGAGGAAGUUCCGAACAGUUCUGACGGAAAUUGAAGCAAGACUAGAAGAGGAACAAGCAUCUGUGCUCGGAUCUCUGUCAGAUUCCCACAGGGAGGAAGUGGAAGAUGUUUUAAAGCUACGAGCAGCUGUCAAACAGGAAGCGGGGACGCUUGAACAGCAGCUGUCCGAUCUGGUGCAUCACUAUGAUGAUAGCAUCAAAAUGAAGCUGAAUCGGCUCAUGGAUGAACAGUCUCAGCUGUGCACCCAACUACGAAUUACCCCAUCUAAUACACCCCAUUCAGAACCCACCUCAACCAGGAGCGUGGCCAUUCAAUGCUGCCUGCUGCCCGUGACGUCCAGUCCACAGAGGUGUCACCAUAAUCAUGGAACCUGUCACAGGAAUCAGGGAGCAGCAUGUCAAGAUCCACAGCGGUUCCCUUGUCAAACCCAGUGGGAGGCCAAUUGCAAAACAGACAGGCUGGACUUUGUAGCUUUUAUUAAAAGUCUGAAAAAUUCACUACAACAUUCAAUCAACAGUAACUCACUGGAAUAAGAAGUAAUGCAGCCAUGCAGUGGUGAAGACCUGAAGAUCCUUGUCAGUUUUUUGCAAGACACUUGUAAAGUGAAGUGCUGACUCUUGAGUUCAGAACUAAUAAAGAAUUAUGUAUAUAUAUAUAAAC